AUGUCCCUCCUUAGACAUGCCCAACGACACAUUGAAAAUAUAGGACGGUAUGCGCAUCUCAAUGCCUUCGUCAACACUGCCGACGCCGAUUCCAUCCACGCGCGCGUUGCGACGGCCGUCAAUUCAUCGCCAACCAGCAAUGUAGACCCUCGAAGCCCUCAUGGCAGGCUCAUUGCCAUCAAAGACAACAUAUGUACAGCCGAUACGCCUACUAUGGCCGCAUCUAGGAUCUUGAAGAAAUUUAACAGCCCAUACGAUGCGACCGUGGUGAGGCAGCUGCGCGAGGCAGGUGCGACCGUGGUGGGGAAGACCAACAUGGAUGAGUUUGGCAUGGGGUCGCAUAACAUACACUCGCACUUCGGAAGAACAAAAUUUGAACACAAGGGCGAGGAUCGAAGCGCGGGAGGCAGCUCAGGCGGAAGCGCUGUUGCGGUUGCGACAGGGCAGUGUUGGGCCGCACUGGGAACGGAUACGGGCGGCUCUGUUAGGCUGCCUGCUGCGUAUACUGGCACGAUCGGGUUCAAGCCGAGCUAUGGCUUGCUUAGUCGAUGGGGAGUCAUCGCCUACGCAAAUUCGCUCGACACGGUUGGGAUAUUGGGCAACGACGUGGAGAGCGUUGAAGGCCUCUUCGACGUCACGAAUAAAUACGACCACCAAGAUCCUACGUCUUUGGACCCUUCAACGCGCUUGCGGCUUCCUACAGAGGGGCCAACACCGUCGAAACCCUUAAGAAUCGGAGUUCCGAUAGAUUAUAAUAUCUCGACCCUCGAUCCGACCGUCCGGAAAGCAUGGUUGCGUUCUCUUCGACACCUCCAACAGCGCGGACAUAGUUUGCACAAAGUGCAACUACCAGCGACUCAGCACGCACUUUCGGCUUACUACGUCCUCGCCCCUGCAGAGGCUUCCAGUAACCUAGCCAAGUACGAUGGCAUCCGUUACGGAUCGAGAGCGGAAGGCAAAGACGGUACAGCCGAUAGUGUGUUAUUUGCGAAGACACGCGGAGAAGGCUUCGGACCUGAAGUGCAGAGAAGAAUCCUGUUAGGUGCUUUUUCGCUCAGCGCACAGGCCAUGGACAACUACUUCAUCCAAGCUCAGAAAGUUAGAAGAUUGGUGCAACAAGAUUUCGACAGGGUGUUCGCAACCCCUAAUCCUUUGCUUACCUCGCAAGCCAAGGUGAAGGCAGAGGGCGUCGAUGUCCUUCUGUGUCCUACGGCACCAACGUUGGCACCCAGGCUUUCCGAAAUUCAAGUGCAGAAGCCCUUGGAUGCAUACAUGAACGACGUAUUCACGGUGCCUGCGAGCUUGGCUGGGCUUCCCGCUAUUAGUGUUCCUGCGCAGGGGGACAAUGCUGUCGACACCGAAGGUUCGGAAACCGCCGGGAUGCAGUUGAUUGGGCAGUACGGUGACGAUAAGUUGGUGCUUGCUCUCGCGAGACAGCUUUUGAACGCAGCCAAAGCCGGAUAA